AUGUCCUCUCGUGGCGGCACCACCCUCUACGUGACGGGCUUCGGCCACGGCACCCGCGCCCGCGACCUUGCCUACGAAUUCGAGCGGUAUGGACGUCUUGUUCGCUGUGACAUCCCCGCGCCGCGUUCUGCGUCAAGCCGUCUGUUCGCUUUCGUCGAGUAUGAGAGCCGCCGUGAUGCUGAUGAUGCUUACCACGAGAUGCACAACAAGCGCAUCGGUCGCGACGACCUUCUGAAGAUCGAGUGGGCUCGCACUCCCCCUUCCGCUUCGUGGCGCUUCGACUCUGGUCGUGAGCGUCCCCCGAGACGCGAUCGUUCUCCCCGCCGUGGCCGUAGCGUCACUCCUCCCCGCCGUGGUCGUGGCGAUUACUCCCCUCGCAAGGACGACCGCCGUGAGCGCGACUACGACCGCCGUGACCGUGACCGCUCUCGGAGCCCUGACGACCGCGAUCGCGACAUGAAGGAUGUCCGCGACCGUGAGGAGGAGGACCGUGAGCGCGAGAACGGUGCCCCCGCCGAGGAGCCUCGUAAAGUCGAGUCGCCGCCUCCGGCUCACGACGACUUGGACACCGCUGCCGAGUAA